AUGUCCGGCCUUGCAUCUGCUUCUUCGUCCGGUGCCCCGACUCCCGAGUCCAUGGGCAACCCCGAUGGUAACUUUUCUGUCCCCCAAGGGGCGUCUCCUGACAGUCCACCUCCCCCGGGCUUUCGUCGUGCACCAAUAGGUCCUCGAGGCGUUCAACAGCCGUACCUCCGGCCGUACCUCCCGCCGCAGCCGCAGCGGCCCCUUGCGGCACCGUCAUUCACUGGUCCCGGGACCUCAUCACUAUCGCCAGACCCCACGGACCCUUCUUUGUGCCCGAAAGAGCAUCAUCUCCUGGAACCGGCACCUCCCGGAUACCACUGGCUCCAAGACCCCGCAACCGCGAACGACCAGCCCCGACAUCACCCGCCCCAACCGGCGGCCCUCCCCGACCGCCAACCGACCACGAGACAAAGGGAGCCCGUACCCGCCAACCUCCCUCCUAAACCGUCCAACCUCCCCCCCAAACCCGCCCACCACCCCCCGCACGCGCUCUGGUGCCCCAUCACCCUGUCCUGGUACCCACCCCUCCCCAACACCUGCUACUGCCCGCUCUUGCCCACGGGGCCGCAAGACAACAACGACAACAACAACAACAACAACAACAACACGGCCUGGGUCCGGGGCAGCAGCGGGGUCCCGCCGCACGCGUGGCUGCUCCGCCCGCAGGGGUAUGACGUGUUCCCGGCGCCGUACCCGACGUCGGAGUGCGCGCGCUGCCGGGACAUGGGCCGUUUGGGGUUGGUGCGUGAUGGGUGUCCGGUUCAUGAUGGACCGGGCUGGUCAUUAAGGUAG